UUUAAAGCGCCAUUUUCGCAGCCAUACCAAAGAAAAGCCCUUCGAAUGUACGCAGUGUGGCCGGCAUUUCUCAAGAACGUACGUUUCCUUUAAUUUCCAGUGAACGCUUCGGUAGACCAUAGGUAAGUGGAGACUGACCAUGGAUAGCGAUACUCUCCAUCGACACGAGUUGAGUCAUCAUACCUUAGGCCCAGAAGGGGGGAAAGACCGCACACAUCGGAUUACGGUAAAGACAUUCCGGGCUUGUUUCAAAUGUGCUGUAGCAAGAGUACGAUGUAGCGGAGGAACACCAUGCAUCCGUUGCGAAAACCGAUCACUCGAGUGUCAGUAUCCAACCGAGAGACGGUCUAAAGCAAAAGCGCGGAAAAAAUCAUCCCAGAACCAGAACUCUGAGGACGACACGCCUCACGAGCACGCUUCUCGCCAUGCCCGCUCUCCUUCGGCUGACGUGCAGCUUGCGCAGACAGGAAACUCAUCACCCUCAAUUCCCGGCUACCAAGUUGGCCAAUUCCAGGUCCAGCUGUCUGGGCAAUCUCCUUCCAAAACUAAGUCUGGUACUCGAGAACGCCUUAGGGAUCAACCAAACGACCCUCCGAGUAGCCGACGAGCUUCUGAACCAAAUGAUUUGGGUCUGUCAAAUGGCAACGGUGCAAUAGAUAUCACACCACUUCCCUUUGAUUCGUAUGUAGGAGUAAACCUUCAGCAACUGUAUCCGCAAAUACCCACGUCGGAUAUGCGGGCAACACUCUCAGAUGAUCGAGGCGCCCGGUUCAAUCAUCAGUAUCAACCUGACAUAGCAAGCUCCAAUAUAAGCAUGGAUAUGACGAUCGCCCAAAACCAACAGCUACAAUUGGGAUACACCCAGUCCUAUUUGGACCCAUCCAUCGCCUCGACGAUCAACUGGAUUUCGAACGAUUUGUUACUCGAUACGACGACUGACGAUUCAAUUGGAAACUAUCGCCCUCCAUAUUCCUCGCAAGGAGGGACUGUAGCCAACUCCCUGGGCCAGUCAUCCUGGCCUCCCGCGGCUGUGAGUGCCGAGAAGUUUAGUCCGUGUUUACCAGAGAAUUUUCACCAGACGCCUUCUGGAAACACUUCGCUAGAUACUGAUGUGGACAGCCCUGGACGAUUUCCCCGAGAUGCUGCUCAGUUAUCAACACCCCAGUCAAGGACUUGCAACGCCUCCCAAAGGUCUGCAGACUCGUACGUGGACGGUGGUGGCGCCCGGCUAAGACCUCCUGCAAGACUUAUAGAUAUCCGUUCUCAGUUGAAUCAAACAGGCAGCCAGUCUCGGUUCUCGUUCCCUCUCAUUCAGGGACAAAGGGAUGAAAUUGCAUCUGAGGAAGCAGCCUUGAACUGUCAGAUCGAACAUCCAAUGUAUGACAACAUCUACAAAGCUUUUCUUCAACUGUGUCGCACGGAGAAUUACCUUUACCCGGAGUUUGAAACAAGAAAUUUCCCGCCCGUGGGAACACUGUCGCAUUUUAUCCGCCUUUACUUCGACUCUUUUCAGACAGUGUACCCUAUCUUGCACAGUUUUACGUUUAACCCUAAUACAUGCCACUGGCUAUUAACACUGGCGGUAUCGGCAUUAGGCUGUCACUUCGCGCGUAUGAGCGACCAAAAUGGUUGUGCUACAGCUUUUCACGAGUUUCUCCGGCGAGCUAUACAUGUUGAGAAGGAGAAAAGCCGCUCAGGGCCAACGCCUCUUUGGCUUAUGCAGGCAAUGAUGCUGAAUUGUGUCGGAUUGAUCCACGGGAACAAUGAGGAAGCUAGGAGUUUUGCAUUGGAUAGUUUUGGUGAAUUAGUUAACCUGGCAACCCGUGAAGGGUUGUUUUGUCCUUCGACCCGGCCGAAGCUCCUGACAAUGGAGACUUCACAGGAAGCACAGUGGGCGACAUGGAUUGAUGAUGAGACGAGAAAAAGAACAGGCUACUUUAUAUGGCUCCUAGACUGUAUGCUUGCAUACCAUUUCGAAAGCCGGUUGUUACUCUCUCUUGACGAUGGCCAAGCACCGCUACCAUCAGACGAGAGCCUCUGGCGAGCAAGCUCCUCCGGUGUCUGGAGACAACUCUAUGACAAGUCUAAAGGUUAUGAAGAAAUAUCUCUCUACAGCGCUGUGCUCACGUUGUAUAUCGAGAAGAAGCUAGUUACUAAUAUAGGAGAAUUCGGUCAUAUCUUGUUAAUCCACGCCCUCUACCAUCGAAUGUGGGAGGUGGGUGACUACUUUCGCCGUCCCCUGUCGUUCUGGAAUCCAACUGCCAGAAAGCAGUCUCGAGAGGAUGCGAUCCCGUCGGGAUCAGUUUGGCUCCCGGGUAUACCUUCAUAUUCGAGAUGGCGCAAUAGCGCAUGCGAUUGUUUGGAUAUACUUCACUGGACAGCAAAUAGCACGAUAGCCAAGGCAUCUGGCCUUGAACACCCAACAGUUCUACAUCUUCACGAAGCUCGGGUUGUUUUACUCGUGCCCUUCCGCGAAAUAAGGGGCCUGAUAACAACUCUAGCAACAGAGAAGGUUCGCUGGGACGAGCGUCAGCAAACUAUUGAGUGGCAUUAUAUACUUCGUUGGAUCAAGCACGACCAAUAUAAAGCUCGACUCGCAAUCAUACACGCCGGUGCGUCUUUGUGGCAUGUGCGGAGAUUUUCGACCGAUGCGUUUCAUGAGCCGGUAGCUGUGUUUCUUGCAAUACUUACCUUGUGGGCCUAUGGCCUGUGCUAUUCCCAGGUGUUUCCAGUGGUGGGCUCCCGUGGUAGACCUAACAAUGGCCUGCCUAACGAGCCCUCAUUCUUCUAUAUUGACCGUCCUUGUGACGAUGAGCUGGUCCAGAUCUUUGUCCGUGGAGGGCAGGCGAUGAAGGCUAAUGUAACUGGCGUCGGAGAUAUUUGUGCGCCCGAAGGCCCUCAGCGAAUCCUACAGGUUGGCUGUGAAGCACUUGCUGGUCUCACUUCCUGGGGAAUAUCUAAGAGAUUCAUUGCAAUCCUGACUAGGCUAGGGGAAUUGAUGUCCUGAGCCAAGCAGUCUUGAAACCCUUUAUGUACAUUAUAUGUAGAGUUGCUGCUUUUCUUUAUUCUUCCUUGGUAUCUAUAUUCACUUUAGAUUACCCUGGUGGGUACUCAAUUUCCCUACCUUAGAUUAUCUGGAAGAGAAAUAGAAUUAGAUGUAUUGAUCCUACAAAUGAAGUGAAGUCCUGAUAAAGGCGGUGAAUUUAA